CUUCUCUUAAAAACGUAAUGAACUAGUACUCACUGAUCAAUUUUGUUAAAUCUUUACAUCUCUCCAAUUUCUGCUCACUUUCUAUAACUUUAGAGACAUUUGAAAAUUCUGUUUCGUACUUGAGUAUGAAAACUGAGUUCGGCAAUAUUUUAUAAUGUACGAAAUAACUCCAGGUACUUUUUACCCCUGAAAAAAAACGAGCAGAGAAUUGGCGAUAUCUUUCGUAGCAGAAAACACGCAUAUUAAACAGAAGUGGCGAAUGUUAUGAUCAGAUCCUGUAAUACGAAAACUUAGAUAAACUUGUAAAAGUAUUGGUUGCUCCAAGGAGGACUGCGUUCCCUACAUAAUUCUUUCGUCCCGUGUGUUUUCCUUUGAACUUUAUUUACUGUGCGUUGCUGGUGAGACUCCUUGUUAUAUUGUAUAGAAAUCUGUGGGGAGGCUAUGUAGUAGCGGGAUACUUUAAAUGUAGUGGGAACGGGGAAGGCAGCGUGGACGCUAGAAUUUAGCGACAGAAUUGAUAUUGUUCUUCCCAUAAGGGAUAGCGGCGUAUCCGUAGUGUGCAGUUCUGCGUGGUCAUGGGAGAUAAAGUGAACUGAAGAUGCGGGUGUGAAAAGUGACACAAGCCGAUAUCGCUAAGUGACAACACUGUAAUGACGCUAUGGUCACUGAAUGCCCUCUCCUCCGAAGUCGAUAGCGUAGUACUUGCAUCGUCAUUUGGAAUAGUGAGCCUUAGGCCGAUAUUACCAGAACAAAUAACAGCAUGGUUUCCUGCAGCCCAUUUCACUCCCGCGAAGUAGAACAUUUCCUGACAGAUCAAUUUGAAUACAGUGACAAUCCGAAUGACAAGCAGAGGCUUCUGGCUUGGUUGAUGACGACACCUCACUUCACAACACUCAGGGUUAAUACAUUGAAGUCGUCGGUGAAAGACGUUAUAGCAGCAAUAAAUGACGCCCUGCAGAAACAGUGUGAGGAAUAUGGAAUUGAUGAGAUGCCACAAGUCUUUGUGCACCCUAAAUUACCAGAAACUGUUGUUGUUGGUCCCUGGAAUGUGAAUGAACUUGAUCUGGAUAUAAAGCAACAAGAAGUAAUUGUUGAUGUAGCUUGUGGCAUUGCAGUUCUAAGAGGAGCUGAUGUUUUUGCACCUGGUGUGAUGGGGAUGCAAACAGGUGCACAGAUUGGAGAUAUUGUAAGUGUUUUUGCAGAUGUCUCCAAAAAUUGUAAGAAAGGUUUGCAGUGUGUCUACCCUGAUGACCAGAAAUAUUUUGUUGGGAAUGGUAUUGUGAGGAUGUCAAGAAAACAACUCUAUGGCAAGGAUGCUCAGCCAAUUGGAGUGGCUGUAAGGAUGCUGUCUCGUCCUUCAGGGUGUCCCUCUGUUCCACCACUUUUGGGUAUGGCAAUCCUGCAGAACCUCCCAUCAAUACUUACAUGUCAUGCACUGGAUCUUUCACCAGGGCAUUAUGUUCUUGAUUGCUGUGCCGCUCCUGGGAACAAAACAUUGCACAUAGCAAGUUUGAUGAAUGACAAGGGACGGAUUGUUGCUGUUGACAAGACACAGGGAAAAGUGAAUAUUAUUAAAAGAAAAUGUGAAGAGUUCUCUGUGAAAUGUGUGGAAACAUAUGUUGGGGACACUACAAAAUCAGUUCAAACCCUUGACACAAACAUGUGUAAGGCAGGUGAAGAUCAUUCCUUGCCGCACUGCCCAUUAUUUCCUCCUGAAUCAUUUGAUCGUGUCCUGUUAGAUGCACCAUGCAGUGCUUUGGGGCAGAGACCACAGUUACGCAAUGAUAUCAGCAUACAACAGUUACAGUCAUACCCUAUUCUUCAGCGUAAACUUUUCAAAGCUGCAUACACUUUGCUGAAGCCAGGUGGUUAUCUUGUGUACAGUACAUGCACAGUGAAUGUAGCAGAAAACGAGGCAAUUGUUGGCUGGGCACUUAAGGCAUACCCACAGCUUGUUCUUGAGCCAAUAAUACCAAUUAUUGGAGGACCUGGAAUUCCUCAUGCUGGAAACCUGACAGAAGAACAGACUGAAUGUGUUCAGAGAUUUGGUCCACCAGUGGAGGGUUCUGUUAAGGGCUGUGAUACGGACACUGUUGGUUUCUUUAUUGCUCGUUUUCGAAAGAAAGUGCUGCACCACUGUUGAUGGUGUCUGUGAUCUGUAUUCUCUCUGUAAGAAAUUGUAUUGAAGCUUUUACAUUAAAAUUGUUAUGAAAUUCUAA